GAGAUGGGUUUGGGCUGUUGUUGCUACACGUGGAUGUGAACUGAGUCAGACAGGAGCUUUGAUUGCAACGGAUUUCAUCUACUCACCUUUAUCAUUAUCUGUUGUUCUGUACAUUCAAAUAAAGAGCAAGUCCUGCCAUCAUGGAUUGCCAAGAAAAUGAGUACUGGGACCAAUGGGGACGAUGUGUCGCUUGCCAACUGUGUGGGCCUGGACAAGAGCUUUCCAAGGAUUGUGGUUACGGAGAGGGGGGAGAUGCAUACUGCACAGCCUGCCCUCCACGUAGAUACAAAAGCAGCUGGGGCCAUCAUAGAUGUCAGAUUUGCAUCACCUGUGCUGUCAUUAAUCGUGUCCAGAAGGCCAACUGCACAGCUACCUCUAAUGCAGUCUGUGGGGACUGUCUACCCAGGUUCUACCAAAAGACACGCAUUGGAGGCCUGCAGGACCAAGAGUGCAUCCCAUGCACGAAACAGACCCCCACUUCUGAGGUUCAAUGUGCCUUCCAGUUGAGUUUAGUGAAGGCAGAUGUACCCACAGUGCCGCCUCAGGAGGCCACACUUGUACUGGUGAGCAGUCUGCUUGUGAUGUUUACCCUGGCCUUCCUGGGGCUCUUCUUCCUUUACUGCAGGCAGUUUUUCAACAGAUAUUGCCAACAUGUUGCAGGAGGUUCGCUACAGUUUGAGGCUGACGAGGCAGUGGAAGAGGAAUCUCUCUUCCCCAUGCCGCCCGGCCAGGAGACCAGUCCUGAGUCUCCACUGAGUGAAAGCAUCUUUGAGACCCAGCCACUUAACCCCAUCCUGGAUGACGACUGCAGCUCGACUCGUGGCUUCCCUACCCAGGAGUCUUUUACUAUGGCCUCCUGCGCCUCAGAGAGCCACUCCCACUGGGUCCACACUCCCAUCGAAUGCACAGAGCUGGACCUGCAAAAGUUUUCCAGCUCUGCGUCCUAUACUGGAGCUGAGACCUUGAGGGGGAACACAGCUGAAAGCUCUGGAGAGAGCCUGGAACUCAAUGUGCCCUUUGAAGUCCCCAGCCCUUAACUUUACUGAGGUGAGCUGGAAAGGUGGGGAAGACCAGAAAUUGGGGACCACCCCAAAGAAAUCCUUCUCUAGAGUACUGUUGUUCAGUAGUGUUAGCAGUAAAGGAACAGUAAGCUAGGAUCACUGGUGGAUGCUAGAACAACAGUAGUGAUGCUAAUCUUUCGAGCGAGUCAGAUAUCACAUUUCUGGGCCUUUAAGGAACUGGCUAGGUUUAUGUGACACCAGUAUCUCUAACUUGGCCUUUUGCAAGGUCUCUCAGGGUCCCACUAUCUAAUACUUAGUUAUUCAGCGAUCUCCUCUCAUGUAUACAAGCACCAUGACAGCAGAGAAAUACAUAGGUCUUGACAUCUGGGAACCUUAUAUUUCAAAUCUACCUCCAUUCAUCAAUAGCUAUGUGAACCUUGUGUAAAUCCCUUUAUCUCUCUGAGCCCCAGGCUCUUUAUCUGUACAAUGUAGAGAGCACAAUUCACCUCAUAAGUUCUUAUGAGGGUUGAAUGAGAAAUGCAUGUACAAGUGCCUUUUACAGUAUCUGACACAUUAGAGAUGCUUAGACUGUGUUAGUUUUUCUUUCCUUCCUCCACCCCCAGUCACAAUUUAGACAUUCCUUCAUAUCCACUAUACUCAUAUUAUAGCAUCCCUUUAUGGUAAGCAGGUCAAGGUUUGUUAACAGGAACUGAGACACAGAGAGCAAAAGUGAUUUACUCAAAGUCAGUCACAGAGCAAAUCAGUGGCAGAACUAAGCUCAAGCCCAGGUUUGGGGGCUCCAAUUCAGAGGUUUUCCAACUCUAUCAACACAACUAUUCCAUAGACAAUGUUGCUUUCUCAAAGUGUUAAGUAGUGUGAGGCAGUAUAAGGCAGGCAGCUGGGUGGAUUCUUACUUUUCAAAUAACCAGCUACCUUUCACCACCCAUUUCCAUAUCUUUCCAACUAAGAUAUUGUCCAUGUCCUUCAAUGACAUGCUCUUCCCUACAUCAUACCUGAGAAAAUGUGAAAACAUAUUUGUGGAUGAAUGUCAAGACUACUAUCAAAACAGUCAAGUCUAACGUAAACUCCAAGUCCUCCAAUCCAUGCUUGAGUUCCCUUUAUAACAUCCCACAAAGUUUCUGUGUCAUUUUUGCUCACAUAUUUGCAGUGUCAGUAAGCUCACCGCUGCUCAACAUAUAUUGCCACUAUGAUAAGUGGACUUGAACUCAACAUAAAGAAAAGCUUUCUGUCUCCCUUUAGUAACCACCAUUGGGUCCUGGCUCUGUUCCUUGGCCUGCGUAGUCCUCAUCUGAUUUCUGAGCCUUGUGAUAGUCCUGACGAAGUCUGAAGAUAACCUUCCCUCUCUAAAAAGUGCUUUUGGUUCCUCUAAAGUAUUUGGAGCCUAGAACUGGACUCAGUUUCAUGAGAAAUGGUCUCAUCAGUGUAGAAUACGGUAGAACUAUCAUCUCUUUAGCUAGGUUAUAUAUUUCUGCUAUUGCAUCUUAAACCAUUGGUCUAAACCAUAUUAGUUAGUUUUUAUUUUUGAGGGAUGGGGAGAAGAGGAAGCUAGCAAGAUUGUGCUGACAGUUUUCUAACUUGCUCUGCUCCCUCCCUAGGUCUCUUGGGCUCCUGGCAGCCUUGCUCAGUCAUUCUCCCUGGACUCUCCUGCCUUGUUUCUAUACCACAACAGCAGCAGAGGCCUAGGAUGUGGUGCCCUCAACAGCCACUACUCUACAAUGGGGCACAAACUAGC